AUGUCACUUUCCUCAACCACACCCCUCUUCCCCAUCAUUCCCCUCUUGCUCUUGUUGAUUCAAGAGGCAUCUUCAGCUUUACCCAUCAUCCCAGUUAAUGGCACAUGUCAAAGCACAUGUGGCACAAUCCCAGUGAAGUACCCUUUUGGCACAGGUUUUGGUUGUGGCCACCCUGCAUUUUCUAGGUACAUAAAAUGCAACCUUGGCACUCUUCAAUACACAACCACCACAGCCACUUACACCAUCUCCUCUAUAGACUAUCCAACCAGCACUGUCAUAGUCACUGACCCCUUUAUGUCAAACUGUUCUGAGAUGCAAAAUUCUGGGAGCUUUAGUUUGGACAAGACAAGUCCCUUCACACUUGCUAAGGAAAACAUCUUUGUUCUACUAGGUUGUUCCACAACAUCACCUUUGUUUGACUCAACACAAGAUUUCUGUGACACAGGUUCUGGUUCUCGGGUUUGUAGAGGGCUUUAUUCUUGCAAAGGGGUGACAGGCAUUGGUUUGCCACAGAAUGCACCAAUAUCUACUUGUUGUGUCUAUGACUACCCUACAGGACUCGGCUUAGGAUACAGUUUGGAUCUUCCAAAGCUGCAAUGCUCCUCAUAUGCUUCAGUGUAUGAAUUUGGAGAUGAAGGGGACCCAAUGAAGUGGAAAUUUGGGAUAUCAUUGCUGUAUAAUGAUUCUUACUAUAGUGAUAGUUGUAAGGAUUGUGAAAGCAGUGAAGGGUUGUGUGGUUUUGAUAGUUUGGAUGAGUCCUUUGCUUGUGUUUGCAGAAAUGGGGUUAACACCACCCACAGUUGUUUCGGACAAGGAUAUGCUUGGAGUGGGACAAAGAGACAGAAAAUUCAAACCAUGUUGACUAUUGGAGGCAAGAAACUGACUUUUGCUGUCUUCGAUGUUGUUAUUGGUUCAAUGCAAAUAGUCUCAGAAACUCCUUGGGAAGCAAAGGAUCACAUAAAGGCUACAAUAGGAAAAUGCUCUAACCAUUUUCGACCUUCAAUUUUUUUAUUUGACAUAGAGGCUUAG